CAGACCAGGCCCUGGUGGCUGCAGUGAGGCUCUCCGAAGUCAGGAGCCGUCCUGGGCCCAAUCUGAGUGUGGUGGGCUCAUUCCCACGGGUUCUCGUGUGUGUCCCUUCUCUCAGACACGGCCCCUCAGGCGAGCGACAGCCCCCAGCUCUGGGCCCGGGCCGGCCAGGACAUCACGCUGGUGUGCAGGGCCCGAGCGCCCCCAAAAGCCGACCUGCGUCACCUGCGCGUGCACUGGCACCUCCUGCGGGAGCCGGCGGGGGGCUCCGUGGUGCACAGCUACCACGCGGGGGCCGACCAGCUGGGAGACCAGGCCGAGGAGUUCAGGGGCCGGAUGCGGCUCCUCCUACAGGGGAUCCGCCAGGGGGUGGUGGCCCUGAGCCUGACCGGUGUGCGGCCCUCGGACAGCGGCACGUACCGGUGCUUCAUCAUGGACAGCCAGGCUGACAGCAUCAUGGACAUCGUCCUCCACGUGGCAGCCCCGUACGAGCCCCCGCAGCUCGCAGUGCUCUCCCGGGCUGGGGGGCGGCUGGCCCUGCAGUGCCGCUCCGCGGGGGGUUACCCCCAGCCCGAGAUAACGUGGCACGACGGGAAUGGGACCCGGCUCAGCCAGGACAAGCCGGUGGAGCUGCAGCGGAGCAGACAGGGGGCCUUCGAGGUGCGGAGCAGCCUGUCGCUGAUGCCCCGCCCCAGGGGGUCCGUCUGCUGCGCCCUGAGCCACCGGCCCCUGCAGCAGAACAUGAGCGUCUGCAAGACCCUCCCAGGUGAGCGGGGCCGGGACGCUACCCACAAUCCCCGGGGGCAGACGUGGGCGGGCGUCAGUGCUGUGGGGCGAGAGCCCCCUUCCCCCGCGCCCCGUCGUCACCGCUCACUGGGGUUUGGGGUGACAACUUAACCGGAUGCAAGCAGAAAAUACCACCCCCUCCCCAGGCUGGAGGUCGGGGGCAGGGGGGAUGUGUGCUUGGAACGGUGGCACGCACAGGCCCUACCCAUCACCGGAGCCGUUGGCUUCGGCAUGAAAAGCCGAAAUUUCCCACAGAGCCAGAAUUCAGAAACAUUUCAAUGUGGAAAACAUUGACGGGUUCUGCUUCAGCAGGGUUAAACCAUU